AUGAAUAUGCUCAAGUCCAGCGGACUGAAAAUCCCUGGCCGUGGGCCCAAGCAUUCCAGCCCAGUGGGAAGGACCUCAGCGGGUGGAACAUCCAGCCCCGUCGUCCCUAAAGACAACACUCCACUGAAGCCCACCACACCAACUAAAAUCAAUGAAGAGGGCGAUGAUGUUUUGGGCGACUACACAGUGGGUGAACAGGUCUGGGUCAACGGUGUCAAGCCGGGAGUUAUUGCCUACCUAGGGGAGACCCAGUUUGCUCCAGGACAGUGGGCAGGCGUGAUACUGAAUGACCUAGUUGGCAAAAACGAUGGUUCAGUGGGUGGCGUGCGCUACUUUGAGUGCCAGCCCCUCCAGGGCAUCUUCACGCGACCCUCGAAGCUCACCCGACAGCCGGUCGGAGAGGGUAGCGACAGCCACUCCACCGACUCGCUCUCGGCCCAGAAUCAGACUCAGCAGGGCGGCAGCGGCGCCCCACCUGGCCAGCGGGUGGUGGUGCCACUCAGAGAGGGCCUUCUCAACAGCGCUGUGAAAACAGGCAACGAGUCGGGGUCCAACAUGUCUGACAGCGGUUCAGUAAAGAAAGGCGGAGAUAAGGAUCUUCGAGUUGGAGAUCGAGUUUUGGUUGGAGGCUCAAAGAUGGGAGUCAUUCGCUACAUGGGAGAGACAGACUUCGCCAAAGGUGAAUGGUGUGGGGUUGAGCUAGAUGAGCCCCUGGGGAAGAACGAUGGUGCAGUAGCUGGAACAAGAUACUUCCAGUGUCUUCCCAAGUUUGGCCUGUUCGCUCCGAUCCACAAGGUGAUCCGCAUCGGCUUCCCCUCCACCAGCCCGGCCAAGGCUAAGAAGAGCAAGCGCGUGGCCAUGGGGGUCUCCUCUCUGGCCCACAGCCCCAGCAGCUCCUCCAUCAGUUCAGUCAGCUCGGUGGCCUCCUCCGUGGGUGGACGACCGAGCCGAGCUGGACUGCUGACAGAGACGUCGUCGCGCUACGCCCGCAAGAUCUCUGGCACCACCGCGCUCCAGGAGGCACUGAAGGAGAAGCAGCAGCACAUCGAGCAGCUGCUGGCCGAGAGGGACCUGGAGCGGGCCGAGGUGGCCAAGGCCACCAGCCACAUCUGCGAGGUGGAGAAGGAGCUGAGCGUCCUCAAGGCGCAGCACGUGCAGUACGUAACAGAUAAUGAGAGCACGCUCCAGCAAGUCAAAGCCAUGCUGUCCAGCACACAGAAAGACAAACUGGAACUGGCCAAUCAGCUUGAAGAAGAGAAAAGGAAAGUGGAGGACCUCCAGUUCAGAGUAGAGGAGGAGUCCAUCACCAAAGGAGACCUGGAGACACAGACGAAAUUGGAACAUGCCCAUAUUCGUCAGCUUGAGCAGAGCCUGCUCCUCGAAAAGUCGAGAGCAGAAGCACUUCAGAAAGAAUUAGAGAGGAGGAGGCAAACCACGGUUGAAGAGCAGAGUCGUAUCAUGCAGCUGGAGGAGGAGCUCACCCUCAGACGAGCUGAGAUCAAGAACCUCCAAGCUCAACUCAGAGGGCCCGACUCCAGCUCGCAGCAGGCCGACGACGGCGACGCAGUCCCCGGGUCCGACGCCCAGCCGGAGACCCAACUCCUGCGCGAGCAGCUGCUGUCAGCGGGUCGCGAGCACUUCAAGGAGAGCAGCGAGCUGAAAGAGAAGUACGAGACGGCGUUAGCAGCGAGCCAGCAGGAGAUAGACUCACUGAAGGCGCUGGUGGAUAAACAGAACCAGGAGAUCAGUGAGAUGAAGCAGAAAGCCCAACAGGCUUCCAAGGAGAACAUGGAAAUGAUGGACACCUGGAAGGGUAAAUUUGACACUUUAGUGAGCGACCACCAGCGAUCCUUGGAAGAACUGAAGGCCUCAUUGAGCAGUGAUCAUGCUUCUUCAGAAGGCCAAGAGCAGGACGCCCAGGAGCUGAGAGCCGCUCUGGAGAGCCUGAAGAUGGAGCACCAGCUGGAGGUGGAGAAUCUCAAAGCCAAACAUAAGAUCGAAGCUGCAAUCCUCACCAAGGAACGAGAGGACUUCUCCACACGUCUACAAGAGGCCAAAGAGCAGCUGGCCGAGGGCAGCCACACAUGGAGGGCCGACGUGGAGGCCAAAAGCGGGAAGCAGGCCCUGGAGGAGGCGACCGAUAAGCUACAGAAGGCGGAGCAGAGGCUGGUGGAGAUGGAGAAGCUUCGGGCGGAGCAGGACAGAAGCACAGAGGAGCUGAGAGAGAGGCUGGAGCUGUCGGACAAGAAGAUGACAGACUACCAAGCCCUGCAGAAAGCCCAGGCGGAGAGCCAGGAGGAGAUCCAGAAACUGGAGGAGAAGCUGAGGGUGACUGCGAACCAGCUCCAGGCCAUCCAGGCAGACCGCUACACAUCCCAUGAUGCAAAUGUGAUAGAAGAUAAUGAAAUUUCAGAUGAGAAGAUGAAGCUCAAACAGAAUAUUGAAGAAACAAUGGAGAAGUUGUUGAAAAGGGAAAAAGAGGUCUCGACUCUCACCUCCCAGGUCGAGGCCCUCAAAUCACAGAUUGGAGCACUGGAGGGCAAAGUUCGUUCUGGGGAGAAGAAAGCCGAAGCCCUGGCCAAGGAUAAGAUGCGUGUGGAGGCGGAGCUGGAGUCCAUGACCAAGAAGUCCCACGAUGCCUCUGGGCAGCUGGUCAGCAUCAGCCAGGAGCUACUGAAGAAAGAGAGGAGUCUGAAUGAACUGAGGGUGCUGCUCCUUGAAUCGCAUCGCCAUUCGCGGGACAUGGAGAAAGACCUGAACCGAGAAGUGCACAAAGCAGAGUGGAAGGUGAAAGAGCAGAAACUCCAGGACGACAUCAAGACCCUGCGAGAAAAACUGCUCCUACUGGGUCGGGAACGGUCUUCACCCGAUCACCGGCGGUACUCCAUGCUGGACCCUUCGGCUCUGGACUCGGAGGUGAACCGCCUGCGCCAGCGGCUGCUUAGCACUGAGGACGCCUUGAGGAACGCCUUGGAGCACAACCAGCAAGUCGAUCAGCUGGUCCAGGCCAUGCGCAAGCAUCCAGACAAAAGCCCGGCGCAUGGUGCAAACUCAGCCAAUGGAAUUCAUCAUCAGGAGUCCGACAGUACUCGAGAUGAUCAACACUGAUAUGAGCAGAAGAGAUGAGACUGAGACUGAGACGUGCAGAGGUACAUCUUCAAAGGAAAAGCUUGUGCGACAUUUCUCCUGAUCCUGCGAUGGACAGCCUGAAGAACAUUUCAGUUUACAGUUAAAACCAAAACAGCGAAUCUCUAUCUCCAGUGAAUUUAUGUGUUGUUGCAGAAAGCACCUAUUAGCCAAUCAUGAAGACCGCUUAAAGUACUAUAAAAUAUAAUCAGGACAUGGGACAUGGACAUGAAGAGAAUAUUAUCGGUACAACUGCUGAUAACAUACAGUACAGCAACUUUUGAUGCUUUACAGUAGUUAGAAAUAUUGAAUCUACAAGUUGCCAGGAACUCGUUGACAAUUCAGAAUUUUGAUCCAGGAAGCAAAACGGCUGACGGACGACGAUGUGAAGUACUAAAAGACUGGGUCUCAGUUGCUUUGUUUCUUUUUAUUUAUUACUUUUACUUUUGCUUCUCCGCUUUGUAAUAAUCAUCUGUACUGUAGGUGGGCUGUCAUUGGCCAGUGACACUCAGAGCAACUCUUGCAGGAUGACGCUGACAGCACUGAGGGAAUCCGACUCAUUUGUCGCCUUUCUCAAUACCUGAUGAGAGGACUGGUAGCGAAGCCAUCACGGUUCACAGUCCUGCUUCAGUGCUCAAUUGUGGGUGAUCAGCAUCAUUGGAAGUAUUUAAAAAAACAAAACAAAACAAAAAACUAAUACUCCACCAAAAAACUGUUUUUUGAAUAUAACACACAAACACAGUAGGUUUGAAAAGUGGCUAUAAAACAGCUUUUAUUUCAGGUUUAAUGUGUUUGGGUUGCAAUGGCUUUCAUUACCGACCAGUUUUUUUGUUUGGAAAAAAAGUUUCAAAAAACAUCCACAAACCCAUAACGUGAUGUCUGCUCUCCGUCCAUGUGCUGACUGCUGAGUAUGUUCCAAACACUAUUUCUUUGCCAAAAUAUGGCUAAAUACAUUUGCUUGAUCUUCAAGUACAACCGCUUUUGAUACACAGGAGGACAGUUUUUAAGAAGUCCGUAAUUUGUUUCUCAUGUUUGUUUU